UUUUGCCUUCAUUUUUUACUCUUCUGUUCUGUCUUUUAGCUCAUCUAAUUAUUAUUGCUCUGUUUCUUGCGUUUACUCUGUUUCUAUGGAUUCUAAUUCCCAAUUCUUUGGAGAAGGUGAAGAAUGUAACAGCAGUGAAUCUGGAUGGACAAUGUACAUUGGUUCUCCUUCAACUGGUGAUGACAAUAUUGGGGAAUUUGAUGAAUUAGAAGAUAGUAAUUAUAACAAAGAAGGUCCCGUUAAUGAAGACGAUGAGGAUUGUGAGACUGAUGAUUCAAUGGCUUCUGAUGCAUCUUCAGGACCAAUUAGUAAUUUUUCAAGAAAUGGGAAGAGUGGUGGUGUAGCUACUAUGGUUAAUUUCAAGAAUUCAAAGGAAAAGGGGAAGGAAAAGAAUUGCAGUUUUAUUAGCAACAAAGCCAAAAGUUCGAUGAAGAAUGGUUACAAGAAUGAUGAUCAAGAUAAGGUGAAAGAGUCUAUCAUUGCUGCAAAAGGAACUAAAGGUGCAUCCAAUGGUGGUGGUAAUAAGGUUAGGAAAAGUAUUUGGAUGGGCAAAGGGAAGUAGACAUUAUAGUCUAUUAGUUAACGUUUGACUAUAGA